CAACCAACUUGGCAACGGUCUCUGUGGCUGCUGCGGGCCCCCGCAGGCUAGUCUUUCCAAAUCUCUACUGCGGGGGCCAGGCCUGGUUAAGAACCCAGGGGACGCAGAGCGUCCCCCGCAAAGGCUGCAGGAGUACUAAGCAUGGAUGGCAGCCGGAGAGUCAGAGCAGCCUCUGUCCUCCCCAGAUACAAUCCACCAUGCCUAUUUACAGGACACUUGAGCACCAAGAGCAAUGCUUUUUGCACUGACUCCUCUUCUCUCAGACUAACCACUCUCCAGCUGGUCAAGAAUCACAUGGCUGUUCACUAUAAUAAAAUCCUUUCAGCCAAAGCUGCGGUGGACUGCUCAAUUCCAUUAAGUGUGAAUGCCAGCAUCAAAUAUGCAGAUCAACAACGAAGAGAGAAACUGAAGAAAGAAUUAGCACGAAGUGAAAAGGAGCUUAAAUUAAGUAAACCCACAAUGCAGAUCAGUUCUAAGAUGAAUUCCAAGUUCCUUUUUAACUCUCCUCAGAAGCCCUCAGGGGAACCACAAUGUCAGGGUGUGUUAAUAGAAGAAGUGACAAGGUACCCAUCAUUGUCGAAGUCAUUGGUCCCUUCUUCAGAUGAACUGCGUCUACGUCAUCCUGAACUGAAUAAAUUCCUCAUGAAUGGCACCCAGAGGCAUCCCAGCACCUCCCCCCUCAGCCUGGCUUACACAGGAUCUGCACCCAGGAGCCCGUGCUGCAGCCACUGCUACGACAGGCCUAGGAGUGCCUUCCCAAGUGCGCACCGCUUCCAGCUGCUCGUCUCCAAGUCCUCCAGUGGAGAUCUUUUGGAAAAGCACUCCGACUUCUUCUCUAACAAGCAGCUGCCAUUCACCCCACGUACUUUAAAAACAGAAGCGAAGUCCUUCCUGUCACAGUACCGCUACUACACACCUGCCAGAAGAAGGAAGGGUUUUCCAGUUGGGCGGGCGGAAGCUGAAACCCAGACUGAACUAAGCAGCUUUAAUUCUGAGUUUGGGACAGCCGAGACAAAGAACUCAGAGGACUCAGAAGUGAACAUAAAGCAGGCACUUAAUUCCAAGGCAAAUGGUGCUGAGGACAAAAACCGUCCUUUACCUUCACAAGGACAAAACUUAGGAUGGGACAGGAUUAAAGAUGGCACUCUGCAGCGUUCCUCCCACAAGACGCUCUGUGAGCUCUCUACACAGCUUUCUUCAGACAGCAAAAUCUACCCUGAUGAAGAGGAGCUGCUCUACCUGGACUUCAUGGAAAAUGUGACAGAUGAAAUUUUGAAACUUGGUUUAUUUUCCAACAGGUUUUUAGAACGACUGUUUGAACGACAUAUAAAACAGAAUAAACAUCAUUUGGAGGAGGGGAAAAUGCGCUACCUGCUACAUGGCCUGAAGGUUGACUUAGGCUGCAUAUCUGAGGAAGAGCCAGCAAAGCAGAGCGAUUUCAGAAUGUUGAAUCAACUUGAUUUUCAAAAGGCUCUGAUUUCAAAACCAAAUGAAGGUACAAGUUAUGAUGAUACAGUAAUUGAGCAAGAGCGUCAGCAGUUCCAGGAGGCUCUGCACAUGCUGUCGUCUAUGCCGCAGGAUGAAAACAAGCUGUUCUCUUUACCAGGUGAAUUCCUAAUACCUGACCGUAAAUUCAAGGAUUCCGAAAAUGUUAUAGUUCAACAGGUCAACGAUGAGACAGCUCUUAAGGUCUCAGCCUUGGAUGAAAACUAUCCAAGUAUUUCUGACAGGUUACUAGACCAGGAAGCCUCUGUGGAUGUUAUUGAAGGUGACAGUGACUCUGAAAGUGUUGAGACUUCCAGGGAAUUAUGUUGUCUUAGCACAGUACUGGCCCCAUCUGUUCAGUUCCCCAGCAUCAAAGACGGCAGUAAUCAUGACAAGCAAUUACCGACUCUAAAAAUCAUGGAAAUGGGCAUUGAAGACUAACCUUUGGAUCUUCACUAAUAAAUGUUCCAUGUGGCCAGUAACUCAAUAUUACUUUUCUUGUUUUCCUUUUUUACAUAUUAAGAUUUCUGUAUUUUCAAUGCUGUAUAAUAAAUUACCAUA